CUACGCAAAACUACAAUUUCUAUAAAAAAUAAUAAAAAUUUCUUUUCUUUUCACUUACAGGAUGAUGGUGGCAUUGAGUUCUUUAAUACCAUAGUUUUACAGCCACAUUUGAAACUGAUUACCGAUGCUGGACGUGGUUAUCAUGUACGUUGUGCCUACAAAUCCCGUGAUGCUGCCAUGAACAUGAAAAAGUCUCACAAUAAAGUGAUAAAAGCCAGUGCUGGAGGUAAAUAUCCACAAAAACCUCAAGCCUUUAGAAGUGCCGAAGCCGAUAGUACUGAUCGUAGAGGUUAUGGCAGAUCAUUAGAUAAAUAUCGUGCUGCUGGUGAUGAAUUAGAUGAGGAAGAUGUCUACAACGAAGAGGAGAUGAUGAAUAACGAAACUGAUAUGGAUAAUGAAAUUCCAAUGCCUGGUUGCCAUAUGAAAAUAUAUAAUGCAGAGCAUAAAAUAGCCAAUGAUGUGAAAAUCGGUGAUCCCUUGACCAUUGUUAUCAAUAUCGAUAAACAAGAUGUGUAUGGUUUGCAUGUAACCGAUUGUAUUGUGCGUGAUGGUUUGGGUUGGGGUGAACAGCGUUUAGUGGGUGAUGAUGGUUGCCCUAUGGAUAAUGAAAUUAUGGGUCAAUUCAACUAUACCUUAGAUCGUUUGGCUGCCAAUGUUACUUUUCCCGCUCAUAAAUUCCCCUACACCACCUCGGUUUACUAUCAAUGUAAUGUUAAAUUGUGUGCUUUAAAAGAUCCCGAAUGCCAAGCGGCUCCACUUUGCAGCGGAAAACGACCCAAACGACAAACUAACAACGAUAACAAAGACGAAGAGGGUUCUCCAGCUACCAUUGAAGUCUUUUCUGGUCUUUAUGUUAACGAAAAUGUCGAUGUUACCGAGGGAGAUGAUGAUUCAAUAACUAAAGAAAAGGUAAGUGGAUUUGAAGUGCAUAAGAAAUGAACUAGAACUGAACUA